AUGGGGCCGCCCAGCCGCCAGGGUGAGGGGGGGGGGCGUGGGCAGCACGGGGGGCGAGGGGCCGUCCCCACUCACCGUGGGCACCCUCCUCACCCGGCCCCUGCGGGGCGGGUCAUCGCGCGGGGUGGUGGAGCCGCCGAGCCGGGGGCAUCAUCCCGGCCCGCGGCCCGAGGGGGGGCCCCCGGCGGGGGGGGGGGGGGGGGGGGGGGGGGGGGGGGGGGGGGGGGGCAGUCCGCCCCCCCCCAGGGAGAGGGGGGGGACCCUGCCAGUCGGAGGGGGGGCCCCCGUACCCCCCCCCCGUGGCGCGGGCGGGACGUGCAUCGAGGUCGGGGACCCCGCCGGGGGGGGGGGGGGGGGGGGGGGGGGGGGGGGGGGGGGGGGGGGGGGGGGGGGGGGGGGGGGGGGGGGGUCGACACCGCACGGGGGGGGGGGGGGGGGGGGGGGGGGGGGGGGGGGGGGGGGGGGGGGGGGGGGGGGGGGGGGGGGGGGGGGGGGGGGGGGGGGGGUGGGGGCCGGGGCCACGGCAACUCGACGGGGUGGUGCGGCCGGGGGGGCAGGGGCCCCCACGACCGGGGGGGGUGGGGCGCGCUCCGCGGCCGCCAGGCUGUGGCAGGACCGGGGGGUGGGCCCGGGGGGGGGGGGGGGGUGCCGGACGGGGGCGACGCCCGACGGGUAGCCGCAAGCGCGGGCGUCUCCGGGCCCGGUGCGCCGUGGAGGGGGGGGGGGGGGGGGGGGGGGGGGGGGGGGGGGGGGGGGGGGGGGUCGGGGGGGCGGGGGGGGGGGGGGGGGGGGGGGGGGGGCCCCCCACCGGCGGCCCGGGGGGGGGUCCGGACCGGUCCCUGGGGGGGGGGGGGGGGGGGGGGGGGGGGGGGGGGGGGGGUUCCGCGCCGAAGCGGGCAACCUCCGAGAAGGGUGCGGGGCACCCGGACGGAUAGCUGUCAGGGGUUAGCGGUGUCAGAGGUGCGGCCCGAGGGGGGGAGCCCGCCAGCGGCCCUCGGGGCGCUACCGGGGGGGGGCGGCGCAUCCGGGGGGGGGGGGGGGGGGGGGGGGGGGGGGGGGGGGGGGGGGGGGCGGGGGGGGGGGGGGGGGGGAGCGCCGCGCCACGGCUCGAGGCGGGGGUAG